AUGGGUGUAUUCGAAGAUUUAUUUUAUCCCGGAAACCCCGAAAGAAGGGCUAAAUUACAACAAAACUUAGGGGCACUCUACAAUAAUCUGACUAUAGAUGUGACGGCCACAAAUGAUCUUGUCGACAUCAUUAACACGCAUUUAAAAGGGAACCUUAAACGCGUGUCUAUUGACACAAAAGCGACGGUAAGAGCUAACGCUCAGAGCAUUGCAGACUGUGCUGAUGCCAUCAACAAGUUUGUCAAACAAAAGGUUAAAGAGAUAAAAACCAAACUGGAUCCGAAGAUAUUCAAAAUACUUAUGGACGUAUCUGUUUCAUUUGAAGAAAAAAUCAAAGUCGCAGAAGAAGUUGCAGAAAGCCUCGGACCGAUUGGUGGCAUUGUCGGAUUUUUUCUUGUUCAACAAUAG